UAACCCGAUUUAUCUUAAUAUAAUACAUAUAUAAUUUGUGUAAGUAAUUAAAUAUUAAUUAACAUGAUUUAAUAUAAAAAUCGGAUCCCUGAUUUGAAUUCUCUACACUACCACACCUCCACAGACCAUCACUUCACAAAGCUCUGCAAUCGCUCUCACCACAGCCAUGGAACCUCAAUCUCCACCAAAACCAAACUUCGCACUACCGGUAGACUCCAGUUUCAAAGCCACCGUAUUCCGUCCACUCUCACUCGUAUCACCGCAUAUGCGCGCUUUCCACCUCGCGUGGCUCUCGCUCUUCUCCUGCUUCCUCUCCACCUUCUCAAUCCCGCCACUCAUUCCUAUCAUCCGCGACGACCUCAACCUCACCGAGACGGACAUCGGCCGCGCCGGUAUCGCGUCCUUCGUCGGCUCAAUCUUCUCUCGUCUCGCCAUGGGCCCGGUCUGCGACCUCCUCGGCCCACGAAUCGCCUCCGCCACGCUCUCCCUAGUCACAGCCCCAAUCGUACUAUCCGUUUCUCUGAUCCAUUCGGCUCAAUCGUUCAUCCUGAUACGGUUCCUAGUGGGCCUGUGUUUGGCAAACUUCGUAGCGAACCAGUUUUGGAUGAUGUCCAUGUUUUCAGGCAAUGUAGUUGGGCUCGCUAACGGAGUCUCCGCCGGCUGGGCAAAUACGGGCUCCGGUGUGGCCCAAUUAGUCAUGCCAAUUAUAUGUAGCCUCAUCAAUGAAUACCUAAACGUCCCUCUUUUCACUUCCUGGCGUUGGUCCUUCAUUGUACCAGCAAUUUUUCAGGCUUUCACAGCUAUACUGGUACUCGUAUAUGGACAAGACCUUCCAUUAGGAGACUAUAAUAGCUACAGAAAAUCGAAAAAAAUGGAAGAGAAAUCACAAGGGAUGGGUUUUUUUAAAGUUUUGUUUAAUGGGUUAAUGAAUUACAGAGGGUGGAUUUUGGGAUUGAUAUAUGGGUUCUGUUUUGGUGUUGAAUUGACAACAGACAAUAUGAUUGCAGAGUACUUUUAUGACAGGUUUGGAGUGAAUCUUGAGGUGGCAGGGACUAUUGCGGCGUGUUUCGGGUUGUCGAAUUUCUUUUCGAGGCCAAUGGGAGGGGUUUUGUCGGAUAAGAUGGGGAGGAGGUUUGGUAUGAGAGGGAGGCUGUGGGGGUUGUGGAUGGUGCAGACGGUGGCUGGGUUGUUCUGUAUUCUACUCGGACGAGUUGACUCACUGUGGGGUUCCAUUGUUGUGAUGUGUGGAUUUUCUGUUCUUGUUCAAGCUGCUUCUGGCCUCACUUUUGGGGUGGUACCAUUUGUGUCCAAAAGGUCACUCGGAGUGAUAUCAGGGAUGACGGGGAGUGGAGGGACUGUGGGUGCAGUUGCAACCCAGGUAUUGCUGUUUUCAGGUUCUUCUGCAUUCUCAAAGCAAACCAGCAUCUCUCUAAUGGGAGUUCUGAUGAUUCUGUGUGGUCUUCCUGUCGCCUUAAUUUACUUCCCACAGUGGGGAGGCAUGCUAUGUGGCCCUUCAUCGGAUUCCAAUUCAGCAGAUGACGAUUAUCGCCUUCUUGAUUGACGAUUUCUGAUUGUAUAUUUGUGUAGCUUAUAUUUGCCUUUUACCUUUUGUAUAUCUUGAUAAGGUACCUCUUUUUAUGGUAGGACAUUUUGAACCCACCUGACAAAAUAAAUCUCAUGUACGGGAUUUUAGUAUCUCGCUGACAUUUUAUCACAGGUUGUGGCCCCAAAUCAUUGGU